UUUCUCAGCUCAAACAGUUCACUAAGUGGAGUGAGUAGUCGAUGCCGCGAGACCAAAGAUGGCUCAACUCAGGCAAACCGAGUAAGAAGAUUACGAGGACCUCCGCCGUUGACUAUUGCGGAUAAGUUUCCCAUUUGGGUCGAUCUUGGUGGCUCUGGCAGCGGAGGUGAGAAGAAACACUUCAAGGAAAGGAAACAGUUCCUUCGAGUCGCUCGAUUUGGGGGUUUCGAUACGACGGAUAACAGCGUCAACAAUGGUUCGGCAGAAGAAUUCCUGCCCAUUUCACCCUCGGUUUCGGUCGUGGUGACACCACGAAAGCUAAGCUCAGAAGAUGGCAGUGAGGAGAACCAGUCUGACGGCCGGCACUCGCCAACUCUUUCUAGUGUGCAAGCUGAAGAAGAUCGUGCCACACAGCAGACAAACGAAGCGGUCAAAGCGAGGUAUCGGGCCAGCUACCGACAGCACUACCCUUCUCGCGGACGUUCGAGCAGGACAACUGAUGAUCAGGACUCUGCGAGUGGGAUCGAUACCUUGAUCGGCUUGCGAGAUAAUAUGCAGCGAAUGACGCAGCGCCUCCGAGUCCUGGAGACGUGUGCAAGUUCGAUUGAUGAGGAGUUCAAGGACUCCCAAAAGAAAACUCUUGGAGACCAUCGAGCAGCUUACAAUUAG